CAAAAAAUGAUAAUAAAUACAAGCAUUGCAAUAAGCACAUCUAAUGUUCUCCUGGUGCCGUACCAGGAACAUCAUGUGCCGACAUAUCAUGAGUGGAUGAAAGACGAGGAUAUUCGAGAAGCAACCGCAUCAGAGCAGCUUACAUUAGAGAAAGAAUAUGGCAUGCAACGCAGUUGGCGCAACGAUGCGGACAAGUUGACCUUCAUCACGUGUUUACCAAAGAAUGAUUCUUCGCUUUCCUCACGAUCAAAAGAUGACGAGAAGUCUCAAUCUAUAUCGGCCAAAAAGGAUGAUUCACCAGAUCGCAUGGUCGGGGACGUCAAUCUGUUCAUCUCCGAACAUGAGGAGGAGCUUGACGAGGAAGCCGACGCAGGUGUUUCAACACAAACUGACCAGCACUUUCGCGCAAUUGGGGAGCUUGAGUUAAUGAUAGCAUCAAAGGCGCAUCAGGGCACCGGUCUAGGACGAGCAAGUCUACUGGCUUUUCUACGCUAUGUAGUGGAUAACCAAGAGGGGAUUUUGGCUGAAUUUUCUGCGAGUGUUGAUUCAUCGAGGAAGGUAAAGGUACCGAAACAAUUCGAGUAUUUGCGGGUGAAGAUCCAUCAGUCCAAUGACAGAAGUAUUGGACUAUUUGAAAGCAUAGGGUUGGAAAAGAUCUCCGAGGAGCCGAAUUACUUUGGAGAACUGGAGCUUCGACUGCAACUUGGAGAUGGCAAUGAGCAGCAAAGCGGAGAGAAAGUUGCGACUGUAAAGGACAAGGUGGAUAUGUUGAUGAGAAAAUAUGGCGUUGAAGGCUUCAGAGAGCUGAAGUACGUUGAUGGGCUAUAGAGAUCUGCUCUGAUAGGAGGAAGGAUUGAUCCUGCCGGGUAAGAGAAGAAGAC